CGCCAGCCUUGCCAACGAAGCGCAUCAUUUACUGUGCAAUUUACAAGUCUGUGUUUAAUUGCCGCGACAAAAAAAGUGUCCACGAUCUCGUGGCUUAUUCCCAACUAGCGAGGAAACCGAGAUACAAUGUCUUCCGACGAGGCGUCCACAAUAGCCCAGGCUAAAUCUGCCGGCCCUACCGCCGCCCCCAGCGCCUCCAGCUUGGGAAUGCGGAAAAAUGGCAAGAACUGGCACGCGCCCCGUAAGCCGUUCAGGCCGGGGUCUGGUUUGACUGCGUACGAGAAGCGCGCCAAGGAACGCGUUACCAUGUCCGCUAUCAAGGCCAAGGAGAAGGAGAUGAAGGAUGAGAAGGAGGCCGAGAGACAGGCACGAAUCAAGACGAUCAAAGAUAGGCGGGCAGCGAAGGAGGAGAAGGAGCGCUACGAGAAGAUGGCCGAAAAGAUGCACAAGAAGCGCGUGGAGAGGUUGAAGAGGAGAGAGAAGCGCAACAAGGUACUCAACUCGUGAAUGACGACGAGUCUUGCUUCAGCUUCUUCGGCGCCGCGCUGGCGCUGUUCGGCGGACAAUCUGGCCGAUGCACUUGGUUUCAGUCCCGACAUGCUUCGGCGGACACCGUAUACGUGCCUCGGCAUAUUAAAGGUGUUUGGGACUGGUUUUGGGGCAAUAUCCUCGAUGCGGAUGGGAUAUACAGGUUCGCAAUUGUGGCAGAGGAAGAAGGGUUUCAGGUUAACGGCACUACCGCUUCUUGGCCUUUGAAAUCAAUAGCAUGGGCCUAUCAGAGAACGCAGGGAGGAUUCGGGCUGCACAUGUCCGCUAACAGGCUGAUACGGAGGACACGACUCCUGCCCAUAAAGUCGGGUUUACUAUACUGCCUAUCAUGGGUCACAGUGGUUUGUGGGAAGACACACUCAGUACUCCGUACGAAAACAGACCACGAGUCAAUGGUUAUGGUUGGUGCAAAUGGCCAGACGUCGGAGUACGUGCAGAAACAGAUGGUACACCGCAAGUCUUGAUAGCGAAUUGCGAGAUAAGACCAGCGCAAUAACACAUGAUUAUGAUCACGAAAAUUCGAAAGGAUCUCUAAUUAAAAUGAGUUAGCUGAAAGUAUAAGGUGUUGCUUUUCUGCGCUAGGCAUGU